AUGUCGCUGUCAUCAUUAUGUGAUAACCACCAACUUCUCGAUUUCUCAUCAAUUCUUGGAGAAUAUUCAAAUGCGCAUAAAAUUCUUGUAUUCUCUCCAACCGCCAGCAAAUCGCAUAUGAUUUCGCAAGGACGAAUCGCCGAUGAAUUGGCGAAAGCCGGGCACCAAGUGACCAAUUUCGAGCCCGAUUUUCUCGAUUUAACCGACAAAUUUGUGCCGUGCAAAUUAUGCAAACGUUGGCCAGUGACUGGAUUGAAAAAUGCGGAAUAUAAGCGAAUUCAGUCGGAACUUUCCGAACACAUUUUCAAGGAAUCGUCGAUAUGGAGCCGAAUUUUCAACGCUGAAACCGAUCCGCAUCAAGACGAAUACAAUAAUCUGUGCGAAGAAAUCGUCUCAAAUUCCACCCUAAUUGCUCAAUUACGCGCCGAGAAUUUCGACGCCUAUUUUGGUGAACACGUUCAUCUGUGCGGAAUGGGUUUGGCGCAACUACUAGGAAUUCGCCACAAAUUUUGGGUGGCGAGUUGCACCAUGGGUGUAAGCAUGCGCGACACACUUGGCGUGCCGACACCAUCCAGCUUUUUGCCGUUCAUGGCGCAUCUCGACUCAACGCCGGCGCCAAUAACCCAGCGAUUGACGAAUCUUUUGCUCCAUUUGGUCCAGCUUCGAGAUGAAUAUCGAGAUAACUAUCGGACCACUCAGAUGUACAGAAAACACUUCGGCCCACAAUUUCCGGAUAUCAACGAAAUUGCUCGCGAUUCUGACGUUGUAUUUGUUUCGACCGACGAGUUGCUCGAGAUUCCUGCUCCAACGUUGUCAAAUAUUGUGCACAUUGGUGGUCUCGGCACCGAACAUGGCGAUGAGUCAGGUCUUGACGCAAAAUUUGGUGCAGAAAUGGAGAAAGGCGAUGGUGUAAUUCUGUUUUCGCUUGGUACUAUUGCCAACACCACUAAAUUACCGUCCGAGAUCAUGCGAAAUGUGCUGGAAAUCACGCAAAAAUUCAAAAAAUUCCAUUGGAUCAUCAAAGUCGAUAAGUACUCAAAGGAUGUUUUUGAAAAUGCCGAAGGACUAUCAAAUGUAAUUGUGGCCGAUUGGGUACCGCAGCCAGCAAUUUUGGCUCACCCUCGUCUGAAGGCAUUUAUCACGCACGCCGGCUACAAUAGUCUAAUGGAAUCGGCUCGAGCUGGUAUUCCGGUCGUCUCAAUUCCAUUCAUGUUCGAUCAACCACGGAAUAGUCGAGCAGUUGAGAGGAAAGGAUGGGGAGUUGCUCGGGAUAAGAAGAUGCUCAUCAAUGAGCCGGAGAAGAUUGAGCAAGCGGUUCGCGAAAUUCUCACAAAUCCAAUAUACACCAAAAAAGCUCAAAGGCUCAAAAAAUUGAUGAGAACGAAACCCCAAACAGCGUCUGAGAGACUUGUGCAAACAACAAAUUGGGUUCUGAAGAAUAACGGCGUCGAAGAGCUUCAAUACGAGGGAAAAUUACUCGAUUUCGUUACCUAUUACAAUUUAGAUAUAAUUAUCUUGCUUAUUACGAUUGUCAUUAGUUUAUUGUGCAUGUUGCGAUUAUCAAUGUUCUUCAACUCCAGCCAAAAGUCAAAAAUUGAAUAG